AUGUCUCUUGCAUGUCGAUUGCUCAACCUCACAAACUGCGGUAAUGAAGAAUCGGUCUUUCGAAAAUACGAUCUUUCCAACGAGGAAACGGUGUAUUCCGCAUUGGUGAGUCAGCAUCAUAGAGAUACGGAAAACGGCAGUACAGACGUAUCUAAGGAUAGAGAUGCGACGGUGAAUACUCUGAGUGCUCUUUUUUUGGACGAACAUGGAGUUUCCAAGAGGAUUGAUAGUGGUAAUAAAAUGGUUGAUGCACUUAAAUUGACGAUGCUAUUAGAGAGAGCAUUGGCAGAUAACCAUAAUAAAGCUGAGAUCUUGAAUCUGAGUGAGAUUACUAUGAUCAAGACACGGGUGGAACAACUUGGUAAAAUUCGGGCUGAAAAAUUGAAGGAGAUCAAUGAUGAAACGUUGAGUGAAGUGGAUGAACAAAUCCAACGAUAUGAGACCAAAUUACAGAAUCACCUGGUCGGUUUGGCGAAGUUUGGAUAUUUUAAGGACUUUUUAAUUUCAUCAGAGGAUUCUAUCAGGCAGAAUAUUGAAACGGUGGGAUCGAAAGCUGAAGAUAGGCUUGAGAAAUCCCUGGAAGAUCUUGUGUCCAGUGUAAUAUCUCUUAGUAUUCAGCAUGGAGUGGCACUUCCUGAGCCUGAUCUUGAGAGAAUGAAGGAUUUUAUUGGUCGUAUUGAAUGGUGUCGAGAGUGCAUAGAUAAGUUAGUGAGCGGUAUAGCUGGGGAGCCAAUUAAGGUGCAUAAUAAAGUGAUGGCGAGAUCAAAUUCUGCAGCAACUCAUUCUCCUGUUGCAGCAUCCAACUCGUCAUCAAAAAUAGAACUGAAAAGAGCACUCAAUGACCUUCAAUUCGCACACGUUUAUCUUACCAGACAGUACGAAGAUGAACGCAGUAGAUACAAUAAAUCGCUUAACCAACUUCGUCUCAAGCUAAGUCAAUCACAAGAGCUUCUUUCAUGCUCGAAUGAACAACUUACCAAUCAGACUCAGCAGUCUCUAAAGCUUGAAAUGAAGCUUAACGAUGCAUUAAAUGAGUUACGUGAAAAGAAAAAGAUUCUACAUGCCAAAAGUCUCGAGAUUAAUAUGCUGAAGGUGGACAAAAUUGGAGAAAGAUCAACAAGUAGUACGAACAAUGGAGACGAGAACUCGUCAAAUGCCUGUCCAUCAAAAGACAAUUCUACUGUAAGUGCACCAAUACUAAGGAUGCAGUUUAAGAAUUUGGUUCAACAGAUGAAUGAAGAUUUUGAAAAGGAAUUGGAAAAAGAGCGUGUGGAGAGAAAAAGAUUAGAAGAACUCGUCAAACUUUAUGAAAAGGGCUCUACAGGCCGUCGUAACACUUCUGCGUCUGCUUCUGGUUCACUUCUCACUCCCGCUUCUUCUUCACCAACUGUCUAA